CUGUCAAAAGCGUUUUUAUUUUGUUCAAACGCACGUGCUUCAUGAGAAAAAAAAAACAUGCAUCUAAUUCAGCAUUUUAAAAACGAUACAUUUCUAUUAUCUAUCAUAUGGAGCAGUAUUAAAAACUGAACUGCCAUUUAAUUACAUUUUGAUUAUUAUGCAAUAUUCAUGCAACGACAUUAAAACUGUUUUCUGAUAUCAACUUCAGCGAUAAACCCGGAACAACCAUUCGAAUCGAGAACAACGCUAUUGCUUUGUUUCUGCUAUAGCGAUCGCAAUUUGAAACGAUAUUUGCGAGAGUAGUUGCCUACGUAAGCAGAUAUGGGGAAGAAAAAGGGCGGGAAGAAGGGUGGUAAGAAGAGUGGGGGUAAGAAGAGUGGGAAGAAGAGCAAGGAGGGGUCGGGAGGUGCGGGGGGAGAGGGGGAGCGGGUGAAUGAGGUGUCCAAGGAGAUGUUUGUCAUCAAGAUCAGAGACCUCGAGGACAAGAUACUGAGAUACGAAGAAAAGUGCAAAGAACUACAGGACUCCAGCAAAGAGAUAGGGAACAACUAUGACAGACUGAGUAUGGAGCAGCAGCAGUUUGUGAAGGGGGUCGCCUCCACCGUGGGGGAGAAAGAGGACGAAGUGGCCGACUGCAAGGAUCGAACUCUAGGCCUGCAGCAGGCUAAGGAUGCGGAGAAGGAACUGUACGAGGGCAAGUUGACCUCGUUGAGGGGUGAGUUCCAGCAGACGAAGGACGAGUUGACCUCCAAGAACAUGCAACUGGCCAGUCAGCUGGCAUCUCUGGAGGAAUUCAAGGUGCAGAGGGAGGAGCUAGAACAGAAAUACGCGCAGCAGGAGGAUCUAUACAACAAGAGGGACUCGCUUCACAAGCAACACCUGUCCAAUCUGGAGGCCAAGUCACUCAAAGACAGAGACAGACUGAAGAAAGACAUGAUGCACAAGGUCAACAUUGUCGCAUCCGACUUCAGAAAGGUGUCGAACAAGAUGAUGGCGGAGACAACUAAGAGGACAAUUCGUGAGAACGUGUCCAUCAACUCCCAGAUCCAGAAGAUGUCGGACAAGAGCGAGGAAUUGGACUACGAGAAUGGGGAAUUGAGGGAACAGGAGUUGCGGACACUGCAGAACAUAAAACAACUACAGAUCAAAGAGAAACAACUAGCGCGUAAGAACCAGAGUCACAAGGCAAUCAUGGCCAUGUUGAAGGAGAAGAAUGAGUCACUGGGGGCGAAGUUGGAACUGUACAAGGAGAGGGAGGAGAUUGUGAGGGAGACUAGGGAGGAGGUGGAGCAGAUGUUGGACCAGCAGCAACACAUGGGCGACGAGGCAGAGGAGUUGGAAAAAGAGAAUGCUGAGAUGCAGGAAGAGUUGGUCCAACUGAUAAUGGAGAGAGACGAGGAGAGGAAGAAACAGAAUAUUCUAGAACAAAUACUCUCGGAGGCCGCUUAUAUGCUCAAAGACAACUUGGUCAAGCUUUCGCUAAACGACAGCGAAGGGGCCAUGGAUGACUCACCUUUAUUCUACCGUUUAAUCGACACGCUCCUCCUAGCCGAAAAUCUGGAAAAUGCAGCAGAAGUUCUAGGCAAUCAGAACGCGGAAGGAGAACCUAAUAUUCGUCGGUCAAGUAGACCUUCGACAGCUGGAGACAGGUCCUCACAGGGAUUCGAACCGCCAACCAGUGCAAUGUCGGAGCAGCCAUAUGCUAGCAAAGAAUCGCACUAUCGAAUGGGCGACAUGGGGUUGGUUCCCAAAGAGGGUCACCACAUCGCUACUAACCUGGAGAGAUCCAGGGCCAAGAUGGGGAGUGCGAAGAGUGUGCAGAGCAAACUGAACAGACGCCAGGGCAUCAUGAUGAACUCGAAGGGAGUGCAGACAGACAACAGGAGGGAACUACUGGCUGACCAGCUGCUGAAUCACAUUGAACACUACUCGCCAGAAGACCUAAUUAGCCAGUUUUAAAUUAAAACUAAAACUCAAUAUAUUUUUAAUUAGCAGAAAUAAAUAGAUAAAUGGUUUAAAAAUUUGUAGAUGGAUCACAGGUGUUGAUGCUUGUAAUUAGUGUUUGCAAUCAGUAGCGGAUUUAAGUGGACGCGAACUGGCGCCCAAAAGUCCCUCCUUCUCGCACCACUUUACGGCGUCCAUUUUUUGCCCACCAACCUUAAAAAGUUUGUUUUGGCAAGUCGACUGCUUUUUCUCAUUGAGAUUUUAUU